CGCUCUCUUACCCCCAAGACCCCCCAAAUUACGCACACCAUGUCUUCCACCCUACUCGACGUCACGAAGGAGAUCAAGCUCGACCACGACAACGUCCGCGACCUCUUCGACAGGUUCACGGCCGCUACCGAUCUCACCGAGAAGGCCUCCCUCGCGCACACCCUCGUGCGCGAGAUGGCCGUCCACGGCGAUGCCGAGGAAAGAUCCGUGUACCUCGACUACAGCAUCCUUGGGCUCGCCGCCGACCACAACAAGGAGGACCACGCUGAAAUAGAGCGUCUCGUCGACGCCGCCGGCAAGACCGCCGUCGACAAGCCUGAGUUUGCCGCCGUGAUCGCGCGCGCCGUCACCACCUUCCUCACGCACUGCAAGGAAGAGGAGGACGAGCAGCACCCGGUCAUGCGCCAGAAGCUCUCGCCCCAGGACAGCGACAAACUCGCCCGCGCGUUCCUGAAGGCGCGCAGCAAGGUGUCGGCGCGCUCGAACGCAUCUGCGCUGCAGACCGCCAGCUUCGCGCCGCUCCGCUUCGCGCACCCGCAGAUCUGAUGUGCGAGGCUGCAGGCAGGUCGAUGGUCCUCGUGGAACUUGCCGGGAUGUGACGCACGGCGCGCGUGUAGGAAUAUGUUUGUUGUAUGAUCAGUGCUUGUUGUAAACCCGCCUCGUUUUGAAAUUGGAACU